GUAAUGUGCGAUAUAUUACAUCUUGUUUUCCUACUGCUGUUGAUAGAAGAAAGUAUUCGAGAAUGAACAGAAGUAUUUAGGCUUUGAUAGAUAAGAAAUUUUACGUACGGUCGGCUGGUUUACGAUGACGUCGCUCAGUUUAUUUGAUUAUCUUCAAUGUUGAACAUUUUCAAACAGCUGACGGUCCAUCGCAAAUCUAAGAAAUUUAUUGUGAAUGCGACAUGGCUGUCGACGAUAACGACAGUACUUGGUUACUGGAACUAGAAACAGCUCUAUUAGAUACAGAAGUACCUUCUGCAUCUGACAUUUAUGCCAUUUGUAAAGGUCAACCAGUACCAACGAAAUUAAGACCAGAUGUAUGGCAAGCAUGUUUGGAUGUUACAGACCGUGGUAAUCAAAUGAUUCAUUUCAAUGAAGUAUACGACCUACCAGAGCAAAGUAUCAUAAGAGAAGACUGUCAACAAUUAGUUAAUAAACUUGGUAACGAUGAUGAAGAUAAAGUAUCUGUUCUUUCUGACUUAGAAUCCAUCGUAACUUUUUAUUGUAAAAGUAGAGGUAAAAAGUAUGAAAAAGGAAAUGGUUGGCUUGAAUUACUAGGACCAUUGAUUGCAUUGAAAUUACCUCGCUCAGCAACAUAUAAUUUAUUUGAAGCUAUAAGAGAUAUUUAUAUUCCAAAAGGAGAAAUUCACAGUGCUGUUCUGAGGUUAUUGCUACUUUACCAUGAACCUGAACUAUGUUCUUUCUUGGAUACAAAAAGAGUAUCUCCAGAUUUAUAUACAAAAGGAUGGAUUAAUACACUUUUUGCUGGUGUAUGUUCAUUGCCUGCAAUUUCCACUAUGUGGGAUUUAUAUUUUAUGCAAGCAGAUCCAUUUUUCAUGAUGUUUUUAUCUCUUAUUAUGGUAAUAAAUGCAAGGGAGCAAAUUUUAAGUAUGAAAGAUGAUGAUAAACAAAGCAUUGUGAAUACUUUAUGUGCUAUGCCAUGUGCCUUGGAAGCUGAAGAUGUAUCAGACUUUUGCUCAUUAGCUCAAUUCUAUGCCAUGAAAACGCCUUCUUCCUUUAAAAUUGACCUAUACAGUAUAAUGUUUGGUGAAGGUGGUGAUGAAAAACUUAUAACUCAUGCUCUAUGCCUACCAGUUUCUGCCCAAGAAUUAGCAGAUAAUUCAGUAGAGCCUUCUUCUACAUCCAAUAGCUUAAUUGAGUCUGUCAGAUUUUUCUUAGUAGACUGUAGACCUGCUGAGCAGUACAAUGCUGGCCAUUUACCAACAGCUUUUCAUUUGGAUUGUAAUUUAAUGCUACAAGAACCUGCUGCAUUUUCAACAGCAGUACAAGGUUUACUGCAAGCACAACGUCAAGCUUUAGCAGUUGGAUCACAUGCUGGUGGUGAACAUUUGUGUUUCCUUGGCAGUGGACGACAAGAAGAAGAUAGAUAUACUCACAUGGUUGUUGCAUCAUUUUUACAAAAGCAUACUCAUUAUGUCAGCAUGGUUGUUAAUGGUUAUCAAGCAAUACAUGAUUAUUUUGGUGAUGAAGUAAUUUCAAGUCUUGUAGACCAUAAUUCACAGUAUUGCCUUGUAUGUAAUGCCAAUUUUUCUGAUGAAACUUCUGGUGAAGCCAGUCCAGGACGCUCAAAAAAUAAUUCUGAUUUAUUUGGGAAAAUUGGACAAGUUGUAAGAUCAAAAAGUCAAGACUUAAAAGGCAAACUAUUUGAUUAUAUUGUCAAUCCAUCUGCAAGUAACAUUAAUAGUGUCGCUAAAAAAAGUGAUAAAGAAGGUGGAAAAAAUAAAAAAGAGCGAAGUACUCACCCAGUUUUCAGUAUUGAUGAUGAUCACGAUGCUGAUCUGACCCUGACAGCUACACCUGACAGUGAAUUAGCGAUUGAAGUUGUUUCCCUUCAGCAGUGGCUAAAAGAUCCAAAUUUAGUACAUUCCUUCAAAUGUAUGGAAGUAAAAGUAAAUGGAUAUAUUUAUGAAAGUCACCUUCUGGUAACUGAUACACAUUUAAUCGUACUUCGCGAAAUUCCUGGUCGCAAGGGAGCAGCCCAUGUAAUUGUUAAACGUCCUUUAUCCAGUAUUGUACGAAUAACGUCCAGAAAAAAACAUCCAGAUUUAAUUACGUUUAAAUAUGGAUCGACCCAGUCUGAUAGUCUAAUUAUUUCAGAUAUGGAUAGAUUUUAUAUAUCAAAUUAUAGCGAAGCUACAAGAAUAAUUUCUCAACAAAUCAUGAAGCAACUAAGUACAUCCGAAGAUAAUGUUUGUUAAACUAAUGUAAAUACAAAAUAUAUAAACAAAUUUGAUCAAGCUUAAGACAAAAUAUUAAUAGAAAUGAUUGAUGAUAUGAAAUGAAAUAUUAAUAGAAAUGAUCAGAAUUUUUUUAUGUAAGUGCAUUUCAUUCAUGAUCUCUUUGCUUCACGAGACUGAGAAGUAUUUUUGAAAUGAUAAAAAUUGAAUGCAUCAACUUGCACUAGUUACUUCCAAUUUCAAAAUGUUAUGAACAACAAGAAUUAUAUGUCCAAUAAACAUUUAAUAAUAAUUUCUGAAUAAUAUUUUGAAAAAAAAGUUCAUUAUUUGAACUUUACUUUAUAAAACACUUUUAUUAACAAUUUUUGAUUUGUAAAAUUACAUUUGCGUUGUGUUAACUUAAUAAAUUAAUUUAUCAAUGGAAAAUUAAUCAAUAAUCAAU